AUGAACGCCGAAAAUAGAGCUGCUUCGCCCCCUAGAACAUUCUUUCUCUCACCCUUCCCCUCUCUACGACUUACCAACAUCCUCGACCACGGUGGCGAAGCCUUUGUUCUCGCGUUUCCGGGAUCCAUUGUCUUUAAAUGCCCUAUUCGCUGGGGUUACAAAGGUGAUCUUCCUGAAAAAGCGGUAAAGUCCGCCCAGAUCAAGGAAUAUGUCUCGCAGGAAUCUAUGGCUGUGGAGAAAAAGAUAUUCCAGCUCCUUAAAAAUCGCCCACACCAAAAUAUCAUCCCUGCGCUGAUGAUUGUUUCUGAGGGAAUAUUUCUUCCUCGAAUGCAGUCCACGCUUGAAGACCGUGUCAUACGCUACCGUGAUUUACAUUUUGAAGAGUGGCACGCCAGCGACGAGCUCAGGCUGCGAUGGGCAUCACAAAUCAUUUCUGCUUCAGUGUGGCUAGAAUCUUUGGGCUACUCCCAGGGUGAUCUUGCCCCAAGAAAUUUGCUUCUUGACUGUCAUAGCAACAUCAAAUUGAGUGAUUUCGGGGAAGCUGUACCUAUAGGAGGCGAGUCGCAGUGCGGAUCCCCUCCGUAUGUCCCAUUUGCCUUUGAGACGCGAGAUCAUAAAAGUGAUCAGUAUGCCAUUGGAUGGGUCUUUUUUUUCCUUUAUAAAGAUAUUCCCAGCGACUGGGAUGGGCCAUAUACCGUCGAGGAAUUAUGCGAGCUCACUUUCCCCGCAAUUGAUGACCUAUUGCUAGGCCCGAUUAUUCAAAAAUGCUGGCAUUUACAUUACGAUUCUCUUGCUUCAUUGCAAAUUGAUCUCCAAGAGACCUUGUCAACUUCAUUUUCCUGGAACCAACGUCUUGUUCACUGUUUGAAAGAUAGUGUGGUUCGAAUUUGGGACACGUUGAUACAUUAUGUAAUGUGGUAUAAAUGUAGCCAGAUAUACUCCAAACUCAGGUGUGGCGCAGAGAACGCCCCUGAUUCCCUUGAUUACAAGCAUGCUAUUGACGAAAUGGAAAAACCAUUGUGUAGAACUACUAAAUACGGUGAGAUUUGCCCGCCCGUGUUCUGA